AUGAAGUCGAUUAUUUUCUUUAUCGCAUUGUUAAUUGGUGAGUUUUUCUUUUUAAUUUGCCGUUUUCAAAAAAUACCUAACCUAAAACAAAGUUUUACUUGCAGUUGGUACAAGAUCUCAAACAGCUUCACCAUCUGCUUAUGUUGAUCGUGAAUGUGGUCAAAAUUUACAAACUCUUUGGCUAGAUGUUGUCGUAGUUGUUGAUAACUCUGCUGGUAUGACAAAUACUGGUUUGACUCAAGUUGCUUCCAAUAUUGCUACCGUUUUCUUGAAUGGAACACAAAUUGGUUCAAACUAUACUGAUCCAAGAUCGACUCGUGUUUCAUUAGUCACUUAUAAUUCAGAUGCCGCAAUUGUGAGUUCGACAAAAAACAAUAAGAGAUAUUUAUGAUUUAUUUAGACAGCAGAUCUCAACACAUACCAAUCGAUUGAUGAUUUGAUGGGCGGAGCAUUUGGUGCACUUGGAGCUGCUAGUCCAAAUACAGAAUCAACACUUCAACGAGGAAUUGCAGCCGCUGAACAAGUUUUGAAUAAUGGACGUCAAGGAGUUCGAACAAACUACAAACAAGCUGUUAUCAUCUAUGCCUCUGAAUACUCGUUAGUUAUACAAAUCAUCAAAAUGAGAGAAAAAUUAUUCAAAUAAUUUCAGAGGAACUGGAGAAAAAGAUCCAAAACCAGCUGCUGAUCGUCUCAAAGAAUCUGGAGUUCAAAUCAUCACUGUUGCUUUUAACCAAGAUGGAAAUCAAGCCCUUCUUGCAAAACUUUCUGAAAUUGCUAGUCCUGGAUACAAUUUCACUAGUUUGGACACCAAUAUUGUUGGGGAAAUUCAAGGAGCUCUUCUUCAAAGUAAUUAGAAAUUUUUUUUUGAAAAACAAACUAAUUUUUCAGUCAACUGUUUCUGUCCUGAUUUGUGGGUUCAAUACAAAGCUGACUUCAACGAUCGUGCCGCUUACAAAUAUGGAGUUUGUGUCAGAAGUGCUGGACUUCAAUCAGCUUGGACACCAGCCAAAUUUGCUUGUCAAAACUUUGCCAAAACUGGUUUCUUGGUCAGCGAAUUCAGUCAACAAAAACAUGAUUUCGUGUUUGCUCUCGUUCAAAAUGAUCCAACCGUGACUGCUCCAUUCAUGUAUCACAUCGGAUUGAGUAAAAUCAAUGGAGUUUGGUCUUGGCAACAACCAGCUGGACAAUCAGUAUUGCCACUUCAAGGAUAUUCAAAAUGGAAUCCAGGAUAUGCAACCAGUGUUUCCUCGGAUACUGCUGUAUUGAACAGUCAAACUGGUACUAAUUUGGACGCUGGAUGGCAAAAUAUCAGUCCAUACACUGUUUCGAAGAACUAUGUCUGUGAAUCAAACUCAUGUGAUACUGAUAAUUAUUGUGCUUAG